UGUAAAUUGUAGUUUGACGCAGUGGCAGGCGAGAUCUGUUUCUUCUUUCUCUUGCUCCACUGCACCGAAAACCCUAGGUAAGAGCCAUGGGUCAGGGAACCCCCGGCGGUUUGAGCAGGCAAGGCCUUCCCGGCGACCGCAAACACGACGGUGAAAAGAAGGACAAAAAGUUCGAGCCUGCAGCCCCUCCUUCCCGAGUCGGACGGAAGCAGCGCAAGCAGAAAGGCCCCGAGGCUGCCGCUAGACUACCUACGGUGGCGCCGCUGACCAAGUGCAAGCUUCGCCUCCUCAAGCUCGAGCGAAUCAAAGACUAUCUUCUCAUGGAGGAGGAGUUCGUCACCAACCAGGAGCGUCUCAAGCCUCACGAGGACAAGAACGAGGAGGAUCGAUCCAAGGUCGAUGAUCUUCGCGGAUCCCCUAUGAGCGUUGGAAACCUAGAGGAGCUUAUUGACGAGAAUCAUGCGAUUGUAUCCUCAUCGGUUGGACCCGAGUACUACGUGAGCAUUCUGUCAUUUGUGGACAAGGACCAGCUGGAACCUGGGUGUGCGAUCCUCAUGCACAACAAGGUCCUUUCUGUUGUUGGGCUACUACAAGAUGAGGUUGAUCCUAUGGUUUCAGUGAUGAAAGUAGAGAAAGCGCCAUUGGAGUCUUAUGCUGAUAUCGGUGGUCUGGAUGCUCAGAUUCAGGAAAUUAAGGAAGCAGUUGAACUUCCUCUAACACACCCCGAGCUAUAUGAAGACAUCGGUAUUAAACCACCGAAGGGAGUCAUACUCUAUGGAGAACCUGGAACUGGGAAAACAUUACUCGCCAAAGCUGUGGCCAACUCAACUUCUGCAACAUUCCUGCGCGUUGUUGGAAGUGAAUUGAUUCAGAAAUACUUAGGGGAUGGUCCAAAAUUAGUUAGGGAACUCUUUAGAGUAGCUGAUGAUCUUUCUCCAUCAAUAGUGUUUAUUGAUGAGAUAGAUGCAGUUGGCACUAAAAGAUAUGAUGCUCAUUCGGGCGGAGAACGUGAGAUACAGAGAACUAUGUUGGAAUUGUUGAAUCAGUUAGAUGGUUUUGACUCAAGGGGCGAUGUUAAAGUAAUUCUUGCCACAAACAGAAUUGAAAGUCUGGAUCCAGCUUUGCUUCGACCUGGACGCAUUGAUAGGAAAAUUGAAUUUCCUCUUCCUGAUAUUAAAACACGUAGACGGAUUUUUCAGAUACAUACUUCCAGGAUGACACUGGCUGAUGAUGUCAAUUUGGAAGAAUUUGUCAUGACAAAGGAUGAGUUUUCUGGAGCUGAUAUAAAAGCGAUCUGCACUGAAGCUGGAUUGCAUGCUCUGAGGGAGCGUAGAAUGAAGGUAACUCAAGCAGACUUCAAGAAGGCAAAGGAGAAGGUUAUGUUUAAGAAGAAAGAAGGUGUACCGGAGGGACUUUAUAUGUGAUAACAUUCCAUCUUUCAAGAGACGGAGAGAUUAUUAUGUCCGUACGACAGACGCCGAGCUGCGUCCGGGCGACGGCCGUGAUACAACGGUUUAUGUUGUUUGCUUUAAUAUGGGGAAAUAUUGUUUCUUGAAUGGGCUUAGUUUUGUCAGUUUUCUGAGGACAUUUUGUGUCUUACCUGCUAGGUUUAUUGUGUCAUAAAACAUGUAUUAAUCUGUAUUCCAAGGCUCUUUAAUAUAAGAAGCUCUUGCAAGAAAUAUAUAAAGACAACAAGCAUAA